CAGUAGGAGGAGCAGGAGGGGAAAGAGGAGGAUCCGGAGUCAGUCAGUCAGGCAGCCAGCGGGAGGUGGGGAAGGCAGGAGGAGGAGGAUUAAAGAUGGCCACCAACAGCUGCGGGAAACGGCAACAAGCCCUCACUUUCCGGGAUGGUCCCUGCGGGUCGGCCCGGCCUUGAUGGAGAGGAGAAGCCCGAGCAGCGCCGAGGCUGAGGCGGCGGCGGCGGCGGGGACCCAGCGAGGAGGAGGACGCGGGGGAGCAGGCACCGGGGCCGGAGAAGGGAAAGGCGGCGGCAUCACUGCCCCGGCCGCCUAGCGCGCCGCCCGCCUCGGCGGACCGGUUCCCGCACCUCGCGGCCGCAGAAUCGAGCCCGGCCCGCGGCCCUGUGCCCGCCGCGGGGCUCCCGGGCCCCGCCGCCCCCUCCCGUGCAGCGCGCCCUCGGCGCCCAGCCCCGGCCCGCCGCGGUCCCCGCUCCGGCCAGGCCCGCCCGCCCGCCCGCCCUCCGGUAUAAUUCUUCUCCACAUCUGCCUCAGGAAGAUAGUGCCUGCAUCUCCUGUUGUUUCUACGCAGGUUCAUGCCAGCCCAGAAGAGAGAGUCAGGUAGACUAAACAGCUUCUGGAUGCUUGAUUUUAAUGUUGGAUACAUACCUUGAAGUUGGAGCCCAGAUUUCAAGUCUUGAGUAAAAUACCAUCAGGGGAAUGGGCCCUUUUGUGCUCACACAUUCAGAACCUGUUAUCCAAGGAAUUCCCUAAAGAAUUAGAAGUGUUUAUCACCAACCAGCCAAGAUGAACAUGGUGAAGAGGAUCAUGGGGCGGCCGCGGCAGGAGGAGUGCAGCCCGCAGGACAAUGCCCUAGGACUGAUGCACCUCCGCCGGCUCUUCACCGAGCUGUGCCACCCUCCCCGGCACAUGACUCAGAAGGAGCAGGAAGAGAAGCUGUACAUGAUGCUGCCAGUGUUUAACAGGGUUUUUGGAAAUGCUCCGCCAAAUACAAUGACAGAAAAAUUUUCUGAUCUUCUGCAGUUCACAACACAAGUCUCACGACUGAUGGUGACAGAAAUUCGAAGGAGGGCAUCAAACAAAUCCACAGAAAAACAUUGUGCCCUGCUGUCCUCCAAGGAUUUCAAAGCCACAACACCUUCAGAGGCUGCAAGUCGGGCCAUAGUCCAGUUCCUGGAAAUCAAUCAGAGUGAAGAAGCCAGUAGAGGUUGGAUGCUUCUGACAACAAUUAAUUUGUUGGCAUCCUCUGGUCAGAAAACCGUGGACUGCAUGACAACGAUGUCAGUGCCUUCCACCCUGGUUAAGUGUUUGUAUCUGUUCUUUGACCUUCCACAUGUGCCUGAGGCAGUCGGAGGGGCACAGAAUGAGCUACCUCUAGCAGAACGUCGUGGACUACUCCAGAAAGUUUUUGUACAGAUCUUAGUGAAACUCUGCAGUUUUGUUUCUCCGGCGGAGGAGCUGGCUCAGAAAGAUGAUCUCCAGCUUUUAUUCAGUGCAAUAACUUCUUGGUGCCCUCCCUAUAACCUGCCUUGGAGGAAGAGUGCUGGAGAAGUCCUGAUGACCAUAUCCCGCCACGGUCUUAGUGUCAAUGUAGUGAAGUAUAUUCAUGAAAAAGAAUGUUUAUCUACCUGCGUUCAGAAUAUGCAGCAAUCAGAUGACUUGUCUCCCCUAGAAAUCGUUGAAAUGUUUGCUGGGCUUUCUUGUUUCCUCAAAGAUUCCAGUGAUGUUUCCCAGACUCUUCUGGAUGAUUUUCGGAUAUGGCAAGGAUAUAAUUUCCUUUGUGAUCUCUUGCUUAGAUUGGAACAAGCAAAAGAGGCAGAAUCCAAAGAUGCCUUGAAAGAUCUGGUUAAUCUGAUAACUUCCCUAACAACAUAUGGUGUCAGUGAACUCAAACCAGCUGGUGUUACCACAGGGGCACCCUUUUUAUUGCCUGGAUUUGCAGUACCUCAGCCUGCAGGCAAAGGUCACAGUGUGAGAAACGUCCAGGCCUUUGCAGUUCUUCAGAACGCAUUUUUAAAAGCAAAAACCAACUUCCUUGCCCAAAUCAUCCUUGACGCCAUCACAAAUAUUUACAUGGCUGACAAUGCCAAUUAUUUCAUCCUAGAGUCACAGCACACACUGUCACAGUUUGCAGAAAAGAUUUCUAAACUCCCAGAAGUACAAAACAAGUACUUUGAGAUGUUGGAGUUUGUCGUUUUUAGCUUAAAUUAUAUCCCUUGUAAAGAACUUAUUAGUGUUAGCAUCCUCUUAAAAUCGAGCUCUUCUUACCACUGUAGCAUUAUUGCAAUGAAAACACUUCUUAAGUUUACACGGCAUGACUACAUAUUUAAAGACGUGUUCAGGGAGGUGGGCCUUCUGGAGGUCAUGGUAAACCUUUUGCACAAAUAUGCUGCCCUCUUGAAGGAUCCGACUCAGGCACUAAAUGAACAAGUGGACUCAAGAAGUAAUAGUUCAGUUGAAGACCAAAAACACCUGGCCUUGUUGGUUAUGGAAACUUUGACAGUGCUUCUUCAAGGAUCAAACACAAAUGCAGGAAUUUUCCGAGAAUUUGGAGGUGCAAGAUGUGCGCAUAAUAUAGUGAAGUACCCUCAGUGCCGGCAGCAUGCCCUAAUGAUUAUCCAGCAGUUGGUGCUCUCUCCAAAUGGGGACGAUGACAUGGGCACUCUCCUCGGGUUAAUGCAUUCGGCCCCACCAACAGAAUUGCAGUUGAAGACGGACAUCUUAAGGGCCCUUCUGUCAGUCCUUCGAGAAAGCCAUCGUUCAAGAACAGUUUUUAGGAAAGUUGGAGGAUUUGUGUACAUUACGUCCUUGCUUGUUGCUAUGGAGAGAUCUUUGAGCUCACCACCCAAGAAUGGCUGGGAGAAAGUGAACCAGAGUCAAGUGUUUGAACUUCUCCACACUGUGUUCUGCACAUUGACUGCAGCAAUGCGCUAUGAGCCAGCCAACUCUCAUUUCUUCAAAACAGAGAUUCAGUAUGAGAAGUUGGCAGAUGCCGUUCGAUUUCUUGGCUGCUUCUCAGACCUAAGAAAAAUAAGCCCCAUGAAUGUCUUCCCCUCAAAUACACAGCCAUUUCAAAGACUCUUAGAGGAAGACGUCAUCUCGAUGGACUCAGUGUCACCCACUUUACGGCACUGCAGUAAACUCUUUAUUUAUCUCUACAAAGUAGCCACAGAUUCUUUUGACAGUCGUGCAGAACAGAUCCCUCCUUGCCUGACAAGUGAGUCUUCUCUCCCCUCUCCCUGGGGUACACCAGCUUUGUCCAGGAAAAGGCAUGCAUAUCAUUCUGUUUCAACUCCCCCCAUUUACCCUCCUAAAAAUGCUGACCUGAAACUACACGUGGCAGCUCCAUCUCUCCAGAGUGCUGAUGCCGUCAUCAUCCACCCUGGGGCCAUGCUUGCUAUACUGGACCUGCUGGCCUCUGUUGGGUCAGUGACACAGCCAGAACAUGCUUUGGACCUUCAACUUGCCGUGGCAAAUAUUUUACAAUCCCUGGUGCACACAGAAAGAAACCAGCAGGUCAUGUGUGAAGCUGGUCUUCAUGCACGAUUGCUGCAGCGCUGCAGUGCUGCGCUGGCUGAUGAGGACCACUCGCUGCACCCGCCCCUCCAGCGGAUGUUUGAACGGUUGGCCUCUCAGGCCCUGGAGCCCAUGGUGCUGAGGGAGUUUUUGCGUUUGGCAAGUCCAUUAAAUUGUGGUGCCUGGGACAAAAAACUGCUAAAACAGUAUAGGGUCCACAAACCAAGUUCACUGAGUUAUGAGCCAGAGAUGAGAAGUAGUAUGGUCACAUCUAUGGAAGGUCUGGGCUCUGAUAAUGUUUUCAGCUUGCAUGAAGAUAACCAUUACCGGAUAAGCAAGAGCCUGGUAAAAUCUGCAGAAGGAAGUACUGUGCCCCUGACCAGGGUGAAAUGUCUGGUCUCCAUGACAACCCCACAUGACAUCAGACUGCAUGGAUCCUCAGUUACUCCAGCUUUUGUUGAAUUUGACUCAUCCCUUGAAGGGUUUGGCUGCCUGUUCCUGCCCAGUUUGGCCCCUCAUAAUGCCCCUACAAACAAUGCCGUCACAACAGGCCUUGCUGAUGGGGCUGUGGUCAGCGGCAUUGGCUCUGGUGAAAGAUUCUUCCCCCCUCCAUCUGGCUUAAGCUACUCUAGCUGGUUUUGUAUUGAACAUUUUAGUUCUGCUCCAAAUAACCACCCUGUCAGACUCCUAACUAUUGUGCGCCGAGCAAAUUCUUCUGAGCAGCAUUACGUGUGCCUUGCUGUAGUUCUAUCAGCAAAAGACCGAUCCCUCAUUGUUUCCACCAAAGAGGAACUACUCCAGAACUAUGUUGAUGAUUUUAGUGAAGAAUCUUCUUUUUAUGAGAUUCUCCCAUGCUGUGCGCGCUUUCGAUGUGGAGAACUUAUAGUUGAGGGACAGUGGCAUCAUCUGGUUCUGGUGAUGAGCAAAGGCAUGCUGAAAAACAGUACUGUGGCCCUCUAUAUUGAUGGACAGCUUGUUAACACUGUGAAGCUUCAUUAUGUCCACAGUACUCCUGGGGGUUCGGGUUCUGUAAACCCACCAGUGGUUAGCACCGUGUAUGCAUACAUUGGUACUCCACCUGCCCAACGCCAAAUUGCUUCGUUGGUUUGGCGCCUGGGACCCACACAUUUUCUGGAAGAAGUUUUACCUCCUUCAAAUGUAACUACCAUUUAUGAACUAGGACCAAAUUAUGUUGGAAGCUUUCAGGCCGUAUGUAUGCCAUGUAAAGAUGCAAAAUCCGAAGGUGUCGUCCCAUCUCCUGUGUCAUUAGUACCAGAAGAAAAGGUGUCAUUUGGCCUCUAUGCACUCUCUGUGUCUUCUCUAACAGUGGCAAGGAUCCGGAAGGUGUACAACAAGUUGGACAGCAAAGCCAUUGCUAAGCAGUUAGGCAUUUCCUCCCAUGAGAAUGCCACUCCUGUGAAGUUGAUACACAACUCAGCAGGACAUCUUAAUGGACCCGCACGGACAGUUGGGGCCACUCUGAUUGGGUACUUGGGAGUAAGAACAUUUGUCCCUAAGCCUGUUGCCACUACUUUGCAGUACAUUGGUGGAGCUGCAGCCAUCCUGGGCCUAGUGGCCAUGGCCUCUGAUGUGGAAGGGCUGUAUGCGGCAGUCAAGGCCCUGGUUUGUGUGGUCAAGAGUAACCCACUAGCCAGCAAAGAAAUGGAAAGAAUCAAGGGCUACCAGUUGCUGGCAAUGCUGCUUAAGAAGAAACGUUCCCUUCUCAACAGCCACAUUCUCCAUCUAACUUUUUCCUUGGUGGGAACUGUUGAUAGUGGACAUGAGACCUCCAUUAUUCCAAAUUCAACGGCUUUCCAGGAUCUCCUUUGUGAUUUUGAAGUCUGGCUCCAUGCACCAUAUGAACUUCAUCUUUCAUUAUUUGAACACUUUAUUGAACUACUCACAGAAUCCAGUGAAGCUUCAAAGAAUGCCAAAUUAAUGAGGGAAUUCCAGCUAAUCCCAAAGCUGCUACUGACUCUUCGAGAUAUGUCUUUAUCCCAGCCUACCAUUGCUGCUAUUAGUAAUGUGCUGAGCUUCUUACUGCAAGGUUUCCCCAACAGCAAUGAUCUGCUCAGGUUUGGCCAGUUUCUUUCUUCUACUUUACCAACCUUUGCAGUUUGUGAGAAAUUUGUAGUUAUGGAAAUAAACCAUGAAGAGAAGCUUGACACGGGAAGUGAAGAAGAGUUUGGAGGUCUUGUAUCUGCUAAUCUUAUACUUUUGAGGAACAGACUCCUAGAUAUCUUGCUAAAACUAGUUUACACAUCUAAAGAAAAGACAAGCAUUAAUUUGCCAGCUUGUGAAGAACUGGUCAGGACCUUGGGUUUUGACUGGAUUAUGAUGUUUAUGGAAGAACACUUGCAUUCCACCACAGUUACAGCAGCCAUGAGGAUUCUUGUUGUCCUGCUGAGUAAUCAGUCUAUUCUCAUCAAGUUUAAAGAAGGACUCAGUGGUGGAGGGUGGCUGGAACAGACAGAUUCUGUGUUAACUAACAAGAUCGGAACUGUAUUAGGAUUCAAUGUGGGCAGGAGUGCUGGUGGGAGAUCGACGGUCAGGGAGAUUAACCGGGAUGCUUGUCAUUUUCCUGGUUUUCCAGUUCUUCAGUCCUUCCUUCCUAAACACACUAAUGUCCCUGCCCUCUAUUUCCUCCUCAUGGCAUUGUUUCUGCAGCAGCCAGUUAAUGAGCUGCCUGAGAACCUGCAGGUCAGUGUGCCUGUCAUCAGCAGCCGAUGUAAGCAGGGUUGCCAGUUUGAUUUAGAUUCCAUUUGGACAUUCAUCUUUGGAGUUCCUGCCUCCAGUGGAACUGUAGUCUCUUCUAUUCAUAAUGUGUGCACGGAAGCUGCUUUUUUAUUGCUGGGAAUGCUCCGCAGCAUGCUGAAUUCACCUUGGCAAUCAGAAGAAGAGGGAUCUUGGCUCCGAGAGUAUCCUGUGACGCUGAUGCAGUUUUUUAGAUACUUGUAUCACAACGUUCCCGACCUGGCGUCCAUGUGGAUGAGCCCUGAUUUCCUGUGCGCAUUAGCAGCCACGGUCUUCCCCUUCAACAUUCGCCCUUACUCAGAGAUGGUGACUGAUCUCGAUGAUGAAGUCGGAUCUCCAGCAGAAGAGUUUAAAGCCUUUGCAGCAGACACGGGGAUGAACAGAAGCCAGUCAGAGUACUGUAACGUGGGCACCAAGACCUAUCUGACCAAUCACCCUGCCAAGAAGUUCGUGUUUGACUUCAUGCGGGUCUUGAUCAUAGACAACCUCUGUCUUACCCCUGCCAGCAAGCAGACUCCACUGAUUGAUCUUUUGUUGGAGGCUUCCCCUGAAAGAUCGACGAGAACUCAGCAAAAAGAAUUUCAGACUUACAUUCUGGAUAGUGUGAUGGACCAUUUGCUUGCAGCUGAUGUGUUAUUGGGGGAAGAUGCAUCUCUGCCUAUUACCAGUGGAGGAAGCUACCAGGUAUUGGUGAACAAUGUGUUUUAUUUCACACAACGUGUGGUGGACAAGCUUUGGCAAGGCAUGUUCAACAAAGAAUCUAAACUUCUUAUAGAUUUUAUAAUUCAACUAAUUGCACAGUCAAAAAGAAGAUCGCAGGGAUUAUCACUGGAUGCGGUUUAUCACUGCCUCAACAGGACCAUCUUGUACCAGUUCUCACGGGCACACAAAACCGUGCCGCAGCAAGUAGCUCUCCUGGAUUCGCUCAGGGUCCUGACUGUGAACAGGAACUUGAUCCUGGGACCUGGGAACCAUGACCAAGAGUUCAUCAGCUGUCUCGCUCACUGCCUUAUUAAUCUACAUGUUGGAAGCAACGUGGAUGGAUUUGGACUAGAAGCAGAAGCUCGCAUGACUACAUGGCACAUUAUGAUUCCCUCUGACAUUGAACCAGAUGGUGGUUACAGCCAAGAUAUUAGUGAAGGGCGUCAGCUUCUCAUAAAAGCUGUCAACAGAGUUUGGACUGAAUUGAUACAUAGUAAGAAACAAGUCUUGGAGGAGCUUUUCAAAGUCACUCUACCUGUGAAUGAGAGGGGCCAUGUGGACAUAGCUGUGGCAAGGCCACUCAUCGAAGAAGCUGGAUUGAAGUGCUGGCAGAAUCAUUUGGCCCAUGAAAAGAAAUGCAUAAGUCGAGGAGAAGCUUUAGUGCCUACCACACAAUCCAAAUUGUCCCGUGUCAGCAGCGGCUUUGGUCUUUCCAAGUUAACAGGAUCAAGAAGGAAUCGGAAGGAAAGUGGUCUUAGUAAACACAGUCUUUCCACCCAGGAGAUUUCUCAGUGGAUGUUCACACAUAUCGCUGUUGUUCGUGACUUAGUGGACACACAGUAUAAGGAGCAUCAGGAGCGUCAGCAAAAUGCCCUGAAGUACGUGACAGAAGAGUGGUGCCAAAUCGAGUACGAGCUGUUGCGAGAGCGAGGGUUGUGGGGUCCCCCCAUCGGUUCCCAUCUAGACAAGUGGAUGUUGGAGAUGACAGAAGGGCCCUGCAGAAUGAGGAAAAAAAUGGUGCGAAAUGACAUGUUUUAUACCCAUUACCCUUAUGUGCCAGAAACAGAACAAGAGGCGACUGUGGCGUCUGAGAUCCCAAGUAAACAGCCUGAGACACCCGAUGAUAUCAUUCCUCAAAAGAAACCUGCUCGAUACAGAAGAGCCAUAAGUUAUGACAGUAAAGAAUACUACAUGCGACUGGCCUCUGGCAAUCCAGCCAUUGUCCAAGACGCCGUUGUAGAGAGUUCAGAAGGUGAAGCUGCCCAGCAGGAGCCAGAGCACGGUGAAGACACUAUUGCUAAAGUCAGAGGUCUGGUCAAGCCUCCUCUGAAACGGUCUCGAUCUGCACCUGAUGGAGGAGAUGAGGAGAACCAGGAGCAGCUACAAGACCAGAUUGCUGAGGGCAGCUCUAUAGAAGAGGAGGAGAAAACGGACAAUGCCACCCUCCUGCGCCUGUUAGAGGAAGGAGAGAAGAUCCAACACAUGUACCGCUGUGCUCGAGUCCAGGGCCUAGAUACCAGUGAGGGGCUGCUGCUUUUUGGUAAAGAACAUUUUUAUGUGAUUGAUGGAUUUACAAUGACAGCAACCAGGGAAAUAAGAGAUAUUGAAACCUUGCCUCCAAAUAUGCAUGAGCCGAUUAUCCCUAGAGGAGCCAGGCAAGGCCCCAGUCAACUCAAGAGAACGUGCAGCAUUUUUGCAUAUGAAGAUAUCAAGGAGGUCCAUAAAAGGAGGUAUCUCCUGCAGCCUAUUGCUGUGGAAGUUUUCUCUGGAGAUGGACGGAAUUACCUCCUUGCUUUUCAGAAGGGAAUUAGAAAUAAAGUCUAUCAAAGGUUUUUGGCUGUAGUGCCAUCUCUAACUGAUAGUUCAGAGUCUGUGUCUGGGCAACGACCAAACACAAGUGUGGAGCAAGGAUCUGGGUUGCUUAGCACUUUGGUUGGAGAGAAGUCUGUGACUCAGAGAUGGGAGAGAGGUGAAAUCAGCAACUUCCAGUAUCUGAUGCACUUGAACACACUGGCUGGCAGAUCAUAUAAUGAUCUCAUGCAGUAUCCUGUCUUCCCCUGGAUCCUUGCAGAUUACGACUCAGAGGAGGUAGAUCUUACUAAUCCCAAGACAUUUAGAAACCUGGCUAAGCCAAUGGGAGCACAGACAGAUGAACGAUUAGCUCAAUAUAAGAAGCGGUAUAAAGACUGGGAAGAUCCUAAUGGAGAAACUCCAGCAUACCACUAUGGAACCCACUAUUCAUCUGCAAUGAUUGUGGCUUCAUACCUAGUAAGGAUGGAGCCUUUCACACAGAUAUUCUUGAGACUACAGGGAGGCCACUUCGACCUGGCUGACCGGAUGUUUCACAGUGUGCGCGAGGCCUGGUAUUCCGCAUCAAAGCACAACAUGGCAGAUGUAAAAGAACUUAUCCCAGAAUUUUUUUACUUACCAGAAUUCCUGUUCAAUUCCAACAACUUUGAUCUAGGCUGUAAACAAAAUGGCACCAAGCUUGGAGAUGUUAUCCUUCCACCCUGGGCAAAAGGGGACCCACGAGAAUUCAUCAGAGUUCACCGCGAGGCUUUGGAAUGUGAUUACGUGAGUGCCCAUCUGCAUGAGUGGAUUGACUUAAUCUUUGGCUAUAAACAGCAAGGCCCUGCGGCAGUCGAAGCUGUAAAUGUCUUCCAUCAUCUUUUUUAUGAGGGUCAAGUGGAUAUCUACAACAUAAAUGACCCACUAAAGGAAACAGCCACCAUAGGGUUCAUUAAUAACUUUGGUCAGAUCCCAAAACAGUUAUUUAAAAAACCUCAUCCACCAAAGCGAGUGAGGAGUCGACUCAACGGAGAUAGUGCAGGAAUCUGUGUCCCGCCAGGAGCUACAAGUGACAAGAUCUUUUUCCAUCAUCUAGACAACUUGAGGCCUUCCCUAACCCCUGUAAAAGAACUCAAAGAGCCUGUGGGACAAAUAGUAUGUACAGAUAAAGGCAUUCUUGCAGUAGAACAGAAUAAGGUUCUCUUCCCACCAACCUGGAACAAAACUUUUGCUUGGGGCUACGCAGACCUCAGCUGCAGGCUGGGAACCUAUGAGUCAGACAAGGCAGUGACUGUUUACGAAUGUUUGUCUGAGUGGGGCCAGAUUCUCUGUGCAAUCUGCCCCAACCCCAAGCUGAUCAUCACGGGCGGAGCGAGCACAGUCGUGUGUGUGUGGGAGAUGGGCACCUCGAAAGAGAAAGCUAAGACCCUCACUCUCAAACAGGCCUUACUUGGCCACACCGAUACUGUCACCUGUGCCACAGCAUCAUUAGCCUAUCACAUAAUCGUCAGCGGGUCCCGUGACCGAACCUGCAUCAUUUGGGAUCUGAACAAACUGUCAUUCCUAACCCAGCUCCGAGGCCAUCGAGCUCCGGUGUCUGCUCUUUGUAUCAAUGAAUUAACAGGGGACAUUGUGUCCUGCGCUGGCACGUAUAUCCACGUGUGGAGCAUCAAUGGGAGCCCUGUUGUGAGUGUAAACACAUUCACAGGUAGGAGCCAGCAGAUUGUCUGCUGCUGCGUGUCGGAGAUGAACGAGUGGGAUACACAGAACGUCAUAGUAACGGGACACUCAGAUGGUGUGGUCCGGUUUUGGAGAAUGGAAUUUUUGCAAGUUCCUGAAACACCAGCUCCUGAGCCUGCUGAAGUCCUAGAAAUGCAGGAAGACUGUCCAGAAGCACAAAUAGGGCAGGAAGCGCAGGACGAGGACAGCAGUGAUUCAGAAGCGGAUGAGCAGAGCAUCACCCAGGAUCCCAAAGACAUGCCAAGUCAGCCCAGCAGCACCAGCCACAGGCCCCGGACAGCCUCCUGCCGAGCAACGGCCACCUGGUGUAAUGACAGUGGCUCCGAUGACUCCAGGCGCUGGUCCGACCAGCUCAGUCUAGAUGAGAAAGACGGCUUCAUAUUUGUGAACUAUUCAGAGGGCCAGACCAGAGCCCAUCUGCAGGGUCCCCUUAACCACCCCCACCCCAAUCCCAUCGAAGUGCGGAAUUACAGCAGAUUGAAGCCUGGGUACCGAUGGGAGCGGCAGCUGGUGUUCAGGAGUAAGCUGACUAUGCACACGGCCUUCGAUCGGAAGGACAACGCACACCCAGCAGAGAUCACUGCCCUGGGCGUCUCCAAGGAUCACAGCAGGAUCCUCGUUGGUGAUAGUCGAGGCCGAGUUUUUAGCUGGUCUGUGAGUGACCAGCCAGGCCGUUCUGCUGCUGACCACUGGGUGAAGGAUGAAGGAGGGGACAGCUGUUCAGGCUGCUCGGUGAGGUUCUCUCUCACGGAAAGACGGCACCAUUGCAGGAACUGCGGCCAGCUCUUCUGCCAGAAGUGCAGUCGAUUUCAGUCAGAAAUCAAACGCUUGAAAAUCUCAUCCCCGGUGCGUGUUUGUCAGAACUGUUAUUACAACUUACAGCAUGAGAGGAGUUCAGAAGAUGGGCCUCGAAAUUGUUGAAGUCUCAACAAGUCGAUUGGAGACCAUGGUCUGUAGACCCCCUUCCCGAUUCCCCUGUCACAGCUUGCAGCUCAGAAGGCAUCAAAACAGUCUCCGUUUACACAUCUCUUCAUACCAUGUGUUUGAAGUAUUGAAUUCAAAGGGAUCAUUGAAUAAACGGGUGUAGAGUACGGUAAUGGGGCGGAUGCUAUUCAGGUAACAGCACAAGAAGACAACGAGGUGGUUCCUAGGAGCAACAUUUUCAAUAUCCGAUUCUCCCUGUUAACAACAGCUGUCUCCAAGAGAAAAUCCUCACUAUUGACUGUCUUUUCUUGCGUCUCAUUUUUGUAGAGCUACUCAUCCUUAUUUGGAAAAACCAACAACAAAAAAGGCUUUUAGAAAAUGGUUGUAAAUCUAUCUUCUUUGCAAGUAACUGUGUAUAUUGUAAAUAGGUAUAAAGGCCUUUUUUCUAAAUAAGGACUUAACUGUCUGUAACAUGAGACUUCAAACUAAACCACUAACUCAAUGAACUGCUUAUGGUUUGUCUGACAUCUCUCACCAAUUAAUUAUAAAUGUUUUUUUAAAUCCUCAAAGACAUUAUCUGUGGUCUUUUUUUUUCCCCCUUUCAAAUCCAACCUGUGUGCCCAAUGUCCUUUCUUUCAAGUUGCCCACAGUAUCUCCACUUAAACUAGGCUAGUAACCAAAAUAACGUGGACCUUCUUUAGGAAACAGUGCGGGAGAAGAAGAGUCAGGCCAUAAGAUGCCCUGGAAAUAUUUGGGCGUCUUGCACCUGGCUACGCACCACCUCAGUGUUGUUCUUACGUCUUAAGGCCCCUGUAAACUUCUGUGUGGACUGCCAUUUGGUCAUAGUGUAUCUUCUUAGCGUUGCAUAGCGGUGGUCAGGUGAUGGAUGCAAUGCAGGAAACAGCUCUGCCUCAACUAAUGGAAAUAUAUUUGCAUGUAACCCAAAUUAGCUUCUCUUGCAUAGAACAUAAUAAGUAUGUGUCUUGGUGACACCCAUGUUCUACUAUAGCUUAUUUUCAAAAAAGGGUAAAAAAAGAAAACAGUGUACAGAAUUAACAUAUAAACCUUGUUGUAAAACUGGAUCAUGUCAGAACUGCUUAUAAUUGACCUUUACCAUUUAAUGCCAUCUACCUGAAAACAGUGAGAUUUAUACUGUAUCAGUCUAUUUUUUUGUUUUUGCUAUGAAUAUAAUUACAGUAUUUUAAUAUUUAGUUAUUUAAUUUGUUCUAGUAGUUGGAUACAGAACACACAAAUCCAGGGAGACUAAAGCUGGUGGGGGCUAAGAGAUAAGUUUAGUUUACAGAAAAAAGGCUUUGGUGGUGGGAUUUUUUUUAAAUGUGUGUUAUGUACAUAUAUAUAUAUAUAUAUA